AGAGAGAGAAAAAAGAAAUGAAAUGCCCACUGCUCUCUAGUUCUCUUUUCUUCUGUUCCCUCGCUCGUCCUUUCUUUCCCUCUCUCUCUCUUUUUCUCUCGUGUGGCAAAGAGCAGAGCUUGACGAGGAGCUUUAAUGGACGAAACUAAGCCUUAACUGGGGGAGAUCAGUUUCAGAUUCUGAUAGUUUAAGAGUGAGAUUUGACGAUUGGCCUUGAAAUCAGAGGAAGAGAAGUGAAGUUGGAGAACUUGAAGUGGGUUCGACUUUGUUUUCUGCGAAAGCUUGGAUUUGUUUUCUGGGUGUAGAUCAGUGAUGAUGGGGAUCUUUGAAGAAAUGGGUUUCUGUGGGAAUCUUGAUUUUAUGCCUGCUCCACCGCUAGAGGGAGAUCUGGUGGCUCCUGAAGGUGAACCAGAGGCUACUGUUGAGGAGGAUUACAGUGAUGAAGAGAUGGAUGUUGAUGAGCUGGAAAGGAGGAUGUGGAGGGACCGGAUGCUUCUGAGGCGUCUCAAAGAACAGAGCAAGGAGAAGGAGGGGCUUGAUACGGCGAAGCAGAGGCAGUCACAGGAGCAGGCUAGGAGGAAGAAGAUGUCGAGAGCACAAGAUGGGAUCCUGAAGUAUAUGUUGAAGAUGAUGGAAGUUUGCAAAGCUCAGGGUUUUGUUUACGGAAUCAUCCCUGAGAAAGGAAAGCCUGUGAGUGGUGCUUCUGAUAAUCUUCGUGCUUGGUGGAAGGAGAAAGUGAGAUUUGAUAGAAAUGGUCCUGCGGCGAUCGCGAAAUAUCAGGCUGAUAAUGCGAUCCCUGGGAAGAACGAAGACUCUAAUGUGGUUGCCUCUACUCCUCAUACGCUGCAAGAGCUUCAAGACACCACACUUGGUUCGCUCUUGUCGGCUCUCAUGCAGCACUGUGAUCCACCUCAGAGGAGGUUCCCAUUGGAGAAGGGUGUUGCUCCACCAUGGUGGCCUACUGGUAAAGAGGAAUGGUGGCCUCAACUGGGGUUUCCCAAGGAUCAAGGUCCUCCACCUUAUAAGAAGCCCCAUGAUCUGAAGAAGGCCUGGAAGGUGAGCGUGCUCACUGCUGUGAUCAAACACAUGUCUCCUGAUAUUGCGAAGAUUCGCAAGCUUGUGAGGCAAUCCAAGUGCUUGCAGGACAAGAUGACUGCAAAGGAGAGCGCAACAUGGUUGGCCAUCAUCAACCAGGAGGAGGCCUUGUCUAGGAGACUUUAUCCUGAUAGCUGCCCACCUAUAUCCUCAGCUGGUGGGAGUGGAUCUUUUGUUCUCAGUGACAGCAGUGAGUACGAUGUUGAAGGGGUCGAGGAUGAACCCAGUUUCGAAGUGCAGGAAUGCAAGCCCUGUGAUGCAAACAUGUUCAAUAUGGGGUUGAGUGGAAACAAGUUCUCUUUGCCUGCCCCAAUCAAGGGAGAGGUUACUAGCUCUGAUUUCAUUCAGAAGAGGAAGACAUCAUCUGAUGAGCCUGAAGCAGCAAUGGUGGAUCACAAGGUCUACACUUGUGAGAACCUUCGUUGCCCUUACAGUGACUACCGCUUGGGGUUUCUUGACAGAAGUUCAAGGAACAAUCACCAGGCGAAUUGCCCAUAUCGCAAUGUUUCACAGGGAUUUGGAGUCUCCAACUUCCAGACUAACGAGGAAAAACCAACUAUCUUCUCUGUGCCAUAUGCCCAACAGAGGCCAGCACCUCCAGUGCAAAAUCUAACUCCUCCAUCUUUUAAUUCGACCGGACUUGGGGUGCUACCAGAUGAAGGGCAGAAAACUAUUUCUGAGCUUAUGUCACUCUAUGAUUCCAAUCUUCAGCGUAACAAUAUCAGGCAUCCUGGAAAUGUUAAUGUUAUAGAAGAUCAAAUUCAAGCACAGCCAAGAACUCAACUGGGUGAGAACUCCUUUGCCAGUAACAUCUUUGAAGAGACCAGUGCACCUAUCAAUCAUACAAUGUUCCCUCGAGAUGAAAUCCAGUUUGAUCAGUGUAAGGUGUUCGAUCCACCAUCAUUUGAGCCCAAUGCUAGCGACAUCGGUGGAGACUUCAGAUUUGGUUCUCCUUUCAACUUGUCAUCGGUCGAUUUCACCGAUGUCAUGCCUAGAGGAACGGUGGAGCCAUUGGCCUGCAAGCAGGAUAAUUCAAUCUGGUACCUGUGAAGAUAGCUUAGAGCAACUGGUCCUCAUCUUGGCGUUUCGUUUGGUUAGGAGGGGACCUUGGUAUCACAAAAUGUAAAUUCUUAGAAAGGUCUCUCUCUGUUCUGAUCAGGUGAAGCUCAUGCCUUCUACCAGUCAAUAUCCUCUUAUGGAUGUUAAGAACCUGCAGGGACUUUGUUUCUCUUUGGAACUUAGGAAUUUCAGGUUUAGUCUUUUUAGGGUCUGUUUAGUUGCAGGAUGGGAAGUGAGAACAGGUCAAGUUAUGUUAUGGACCUAACCCUGAUUCAUCGUUUUUAUCAAAAGUGUUUCCAGACUUUUGCAGUUUCAAUCUUUGUAUUAAGAUUAAACAUAAGUUAAAUAUAGUUGUUUGGACUUCUGCA